AUGAUCACUAAUACAUUGUUUAAACCAAAACUAGAAUCAAAAUACUUUAAUGUUAGCAACAAGGUAAGGCAAACAUGCUGUUUUUGCCCACAAAGUUUAAUCAUCUGUUAUGAUUUAAUAAGAAAAAUUCCUAUACCAUUAAAAGGAGUUCAAUAUUUUUUAAAAGUUUAACCUGGUUUUGUAAUAGUUGAAUUAAAAUAAACCUAUUCGACUACAGGUUAUAACUAACCAAUAGAAUUAGAAUACUUAUUUUCGAUUAAUAAUAAUGCAGCAGUGACUAAAAUGAUUGUUGAAUUAGGAGAUACAAAAGUUUAUGGGAUUGUUAAGGAAAAAGAGGAAGCUAAAUAGUAGUAUGAAGAUGGAAUAAAUUAGGGAAAAACAAUGGCAUAUAGUGAAUAAGAUGAGGAAUUCCCUGAAAUUAAAAGAGUUAAAAUUGGAGCCCUUGCUCCAGACAAAUAAUUAAAUAUCACUUUUGAAUACAUAUAAUCUUUGGAUAUUGUUUUGAAUAAAUUAUGGAAGGUAGAAGUUUAACCAAUGAUUGAUAACAACUAUUUCAGCCUUAAUCAACAAAACUAGAGAGUUUAUAAUAAUUAUUUUGAAAGACUCAACAGAUAUCUUGAGAAAUUUGUUAAAAUUGAUUAGUUUGAAUACAACUUUAAGCAAGAUAUUACAGUAUCAAUAGAUAUGGGGUCUCCAAUCACAUAUUACAAAUGUCCAACCCAUAAAAUUUUAAGUGGAAAUGCUAAAAAUGAAUAAACAAAGCAAGAGAUUGGUGAGGAAAAAUUAAAGAAAUUACAUCUUAUGUUGGAGGAUACACCAUCCAAUUUUAUUCCAACAAAAUAAUUUACACUUCUAUUUUCAAGUGAUGAUAUAAAUCUCCCUCGUUCAAUCUUAAGUCAUACUAAUAACGAUGCUUUAAACACUUAAAAAUAUUGCGCUACAUUGACUUUUAUUCCAAAAUUUAAUUAAACAACUUUAGAUGAUGCAUAUUCACAAUAUUUGGAUGGAUUAAAUAUUGCAGGAAAUUAAGUAAUUAAUAGAGGAAAUUACUUAUUUUUUAUUGAUAGAAGUGGAUCGAUGUCUAAUGUUAGAAUCACAAGAGCAAAAUAAUCUUUAAUUUUGUUUUUGAAAAGUCUACCUGAGGAUUGCAGAUUUAACAUUAUAUCGUUUGGAACACAGUUUAUAUCUUUAUGGUCGGAUUCUAAGGAAUAUUCUCAAAGUACAUUGGAGGAAGCCAUAAGCCAUGUGAAUAGUAUGGAGGCUGAUAUGGGGGGUACUGAGAUAUUUAAACCAUUAUAAGAUAUCGUCUAUAAUGAAUAAUACGGCAAGUCAAAAACAACUACAUUAAAUAUCUUCUUGCUUACAGAUGGAGAAGUUAAUUCUGCUCCUAUAAUUGAUUUGGUAAAAAGAAACAAUUAAGCAGAAACUAGAGUUUAUACUUUAGGGAUUGGAGAUGGAUGUAGUCAAUAUUUAAUUAAGUAGUUGGCUGAAGUUGGAAAUGGAAAAUAUUAGUUUGUAUCAGAUGAUGAAGAUUUAAAUGCAAAAGUUAUUGAUUUAUUAGAAGAUUCAUUGACUCCUUAUUUACAAGGAUUUAAUCUUGAAUCUAAUAUUACUUGUAUUAAUUAAAUAGUUCCUAAUCCUGAAUCUGUUGUUUGUUUGAAGAAGAACUAAGAAUUAACAAUUUAGGUUUUAUUUUCAGUUGAACAAGAGAAUGAAAAUUUAUAAUUAACUUUAAGUUGCUUCGAUCCAUAAGAAUAAAAACCAAUUAAAUAUUCUGUUUCAUUAAAUUUAAAAAAUUCUUAAGAAAAUGAAUAUUUUCAUAAGUUAGCGUCGCAUAAAUUUAUUUCAUAUUAUGAGAAUAGUGUGAAAUAUGGAGAUAACCAUUUAAAUUUUAUCAAAAUCAAUAAGGAUACAAUAGAUGAUCAAGAUAUAAUUAAUACAUCUAUAACACAUCAAAUAUUGAGUUCUAAAACAGCAUUUGUAUGUGAAGUCUGUGAUUUAGAAGAUCAAUUCAAAUAGCAGAUGAAGUAAAAAGUUUAUAUUCCUUAAAUUUAAAUUAUAAGGUAUGAAGAAUAUUUUAGAUAUUUUGGCUUGUAGCCAGUUGGUUGUUGCCUACAAAAAAAAGUGCCUAAAACUAAAAACAGUGAAAAAAGUAUUCAAAGAAAAUCAAGUCGAAUAUAAUAAUAAAAGAUCACAAAAGAAAAGAGAAUGCAAAAAUAGAUAUAGGAAGAUAUUGAUUUUGAAGAUGAAUUGGAAAAACGUUAAUAAUUGUAGACUUAAAUUAAAAAGAUUGAGUAUGAAUAAUUAGUUUCUUAUUCACAAUCUGAUGGUAGCUUCUUAUAUGAUGGAUAAAUAGAAAAGUAAAUAAAUAUUGAAGGACGGAAGAAUUAGCAAAGCUAUCCAUAGAAUGUCUGGCUUACUUUACUUGCUUUGCUAUAUUUAGAUUAAUUUUGUUUGCAAUAUAGAAAGUCAUGGCGAUUAGUAUACUAAAAGGGAAUCUAAUUCCUAUAAAAGAACGGAGUUUCUUAUAAGUAAUAAAAGGAAACAGUACUAAAUAAGCAAAAUAUUUGA